CCAAGUAGUUGUUCGUAAAGUCACCAAUUUUAUUAACGAAUGUGUAAUUUCCGUGAAUUUCAUGUGACUUUAAAUUAGCUGUGACAGGUAACAAUUGUACAAAAUAUCGCUCAUCUCUAGCUAAUCUCGUAGCACAUGCAAUGGCAGGCACCGCGCAACAACAAACCGAGUUCCAAAAGAAUUUUCGCCUAAUUGUUGAGAAAAUAUUCAACAAUUGGCAAGAUCUUCGCCUAGCCGUUGAACAUGGCAUGGGAGGACGUAAUGGACAGCAGGUGGCCAUUCAAAUUAUGGACUAUACGUACCAAUAUUGCAUCGGCAAUGAAAACAUAACGCAAGGCGAACUGCAGGAGGUUAUAGAAGAGCUAAUGGAUCAAGAAUUCAAUACUUUGUGUGAUGACAAUUCCAUACCUGAGAUCUGUCGCAAUCUUUUGCGCUAUAAGCAAUUGGCUGUAGAGGACAAAUAUCCACAGAUUGAAUUAGAAUUAAGUAAAUUACCACCGGGUAGAGAUUGGCUUCGUCCAGACGUUAAAAUCACAUAUACGCCCAUCGAGGGAGAUUCCUCUUCAGAUGAGGAAAUGGACGAGGACGGUGAUGAUAUGGAAAUGGCCGAAAGCGAUGACGAUGAGGAAGCAGCAGGCAGUUCACGCAUGAUGACCCGGUCACAAGCCCGUAAAAAACAGGCUGAUGAAUUUGUAGAACCCGAAGAUGGUUGGACAACAGUGCGAAGAAAAUAAAAAAAAAAAUAACUAAA